ACCUUUGCGCGUUCUUUUCCAGCAGCGCCUGUGAUCAUGGCGGAUGUGGUUGCGGAGCAGGUAGCGGAGCAGAAGUCCCACCACGACCGGGACCUGAACGGGGAGGCGGAGGAGAAAGAGGAGGCCGACCCAGCCGAGGAGACCACGAAAAAGAAGAAGAAGAAAAAGAAGAAGAACAAGUCCUCAACGCCAGGCACUGAGGCAGAGGGAAAUGGAGUGCCUGAGGUGACCCAACAGCUGGAGAAGCAAGCUAUAGAAGACAAGGAGAAAGAGGAGGAUGGGGAGGAAGACGGAGAUGAUGGAGAAAACUCAGCAGGGAAAAAGAAGAAGAAGAAAAAGAAGAAGAAAGGACCCAAAUCCCAGACUGACCCCCCAUCUGUGCCCAUCUGUGAGCUGUACCCGAAUGGAGUGUUCCCCAUUGGACAGGAGUGUGAAUACCCUGUCGUACAGGACGGUCGCAGCGCAGCUUGGCGCACCACCAACGAGGAGAAGCGAGUGCUGGAUAAAGCCAACGAGGAGGUGUGGAACGACUUCAGACAGGCAGCCGAGGCCCACAGACAGGUCCGCCAGCACGUCCGCAGUUUCAUCAAACCCGGCAUGACCAUGAUUGAAAUCUGCGAGCGGCUGGAAGAUUGUUCUCGGAAACUGAUCAAGGAGAACGGGCUGAGCGCUGGCUUGGCCUUCCCCACUGGCUGCUCUCUGAACCAUUGUGCUGCCCACUACACCCCCAACGCCGGAGACCCCACUGUCCUGCAGUACGACGACGUCUGCAAGAUCGACUUCGGCACGCACAUCAACGGGCGAAUCAUUGACUGUGCCUUCACUGUCACCUUUAACCCAAAGUAUGACAAGCUGCUGGAGGCUGUGAGAGACGCCACCAAUACUGGAAUCAAAAACGCUGGAAUCGAUGUGCGUCUGUGUGAUGUGGGAGAGGCGAUUCAGGAAGUGAUGGAGUCCUAUGAGGUUGAACUUGAUGGCAAAACAUACCAAGUGAAGCCAAUCCGCAACCUGAACGGCCAUUCAAUCGGCCAGUACAGGAUACAUGCUGGCAAGACUGUGCCCAUUGUUAAAGGAGGAGAAGCGACGAAAAUGGAGGAGGGAGAGGUUUAUGCCAUCGAGACGUUUGGCAGCACAGGGAAGGGUGUGGUCCACGAUGACAUGGAGUGCUCUCACUACAUGAAGAACUUUGAUGUCGGCCACGUUCCCAUCAGGCUGCCCAGAGCGAAGCAUCUGCUGAACGUGAUCAACGAGAACUUUGGCACGCUGGCUUUCUGCCGCCGCUGGCUGGACCGCCUGGGCGAGAGCAAGUACCUGAUGGCCCUGAAGAACCUGUGCGACCUGGGCAUCGUGGACCCCUACCCUCCCCUCUGUGACUCCAAGGGCUGCUACACCGCUCAGUUCGAGCACACCAUCCUGCUCAGGCCCACCUGCAAAGAAGUGGUGAGCCGGGGUGACGACUACUGAGACCCUUCCCCCACCGCCCCACCCCCACCCCACCACCUCACAGAGCACCUCCAAACUACCCAACUCCUCUGCCAGAGAAUAAACCCACACAAACAUGACCUGCACUCUCCAAAACAGAAAAGAGCGUCUAAAGCGAGACGGGGUCGCCUCAUUACCUUUUUGUCAAAGAGCAGCCGUGAGGGAUGCCAAAUGCCACUGUAUACUACCCACAAUGCAUUGUAAGCACCACUUACAGCUAGCAAGGAAGAGGGACUGACUUUCUUGGCAGGGGCUGAAUUUUGUAUCAUUUAUUCUUCAGGUGACAACCAGAGCAAAAUAAAUUGUAAACAAGACAGCAAGGUUCUGCUGGAGGAAGCAUUGCAGUAUGUGUUUUUUCAGCACACACACUGGUGUGUCCCUCCAGUCUCCUGCGGACCUCAUUUUACAUAUGAAACGUUAACUGUUAAACAGUUACAUUUAUUUAAGUUGCCGCUGCAUUUAUUGCAACCCCAGUAUUGAACCAGAUGGUGCAGGUAGGAAAUCCCUUCAUAUAUCCCUUAGGUUAUGUUUUUUUCCCAGCCCAGUUUCUAUGGCACCUCUCUGAGCCUUCAGUAACCCAGUGCUAGUGUCAGUCAAGCACAAAUACUGCUGGGUUUCAGUGGUCAGAAAUCUUUGAGAACAUGUUACUCCCAUUUGAGCUUGAGGUGUUGUAACUAUGCCAUCUUUAUACAGACACCAUGCAUCUCCAGCUGUAUGUUUGGCUUAUUGCUACAGGAGGGGACUCUGCACUCUGGCCCUCCAGUCAUUGUUUCUUUGAUAUUUGUAAAAUAUCUUUGAAAUGGCUGCUGCCACUGUAUGUUCCCAAUGAAAUGCUUCAUUUUGAACUCCCUGAAAAUGUUUUUGUAAGAAAAAAUUGAUUAAAAUUUUGCUCAUUAA